AAACUACAUUUUGGUGAUAGUUGGCGCAAUCCAAUUUCAAUAUGGCAGCCAUCAGAGAGGCGAAGAAAUUGUUGAGGAAAGAUAUAAAAAUUCGAUUAUUGAAGCUACAAGACUCUGAGAAAAAGAAACAGUCACAAAUAAUUACGAGUAAGUUAAUAGAACAUCCUGUAUAUGUACAAAGUCAGCGAAUAUCAGUGUACCUCAGCAUGCCAGAUCAAGAAGUUCAUACAGAGGGAAUUCUCCAACACAUAUUUAAACACAACAAGCUGUGCUAUGUUCCACAGUAUAUUGGUCCUGUGAUGAAUAUGCUACUUUUGAAAUCGAUGCAAGAUUAUGAUUCUCUUCCCAAGACAAAGUGGAACAUCAAGCAACCUGCAGAAGAUGAUACCCGAGAGGAUGCAUUAUCAACUGGUGGUUUGGAUUUGAUAAUUGUUCCAGGCCUUGGAUUCUCACAAGAUGGUGAUCGUCUUGGGCGUGGCAAGGGCUACUAUGAUAUGUAUCAAAAGAAAUGUCAAGAAGUUACCGGAAAGAAACCGAUUACGAUCGCAUUAGCUUUCAAUGAACAGAUAUGUAAUGAGAUUCCAACUACAGAAUAUGAUGUCAAAAUUGACUAUGUAUUGUAUGGCAACAUGGUUUAGAAUAUUUUAAUUUUUUAGGAACUAAAGACUGCCAAAGAUCAAGAUAAUUUUUGUGAAACUUACAGUUCAGAAAAGUUGCUAAGUUGGUGUAUUUUCUUGUAGAAAUUUAUACCCCUAAAGUAUUUGAGAUGAGAAAUAUUUUUAAACUCUUUCAUUUCUCUUCUUGAAUGAUGUACUAGGUUCUUUAAAAUGCACACAAGCCAAAGGUGUACACCUGGCCUAUGGUUUAAAGUCCUUAUCCGAGAAGUUAAAACCAUCAGAACCAUUGGCAAGUGAGCCGUUCGAACUAGCGCCAAUACUAUAGCUGAAGGUUAAGGUGUUGCCCUGACUUAAAUGCUCGGCCAAUCAACUCGCCACUAAGUGAAGAAUUGCUGAUAAUUAUUAAGGGUUCUAAAACCAUUUUUUGGUCUAUACUUUAUUGAUAAGUUUAUAACAUCCUUUUUUGAUUCCCAAGAAGAUACAGCAAUGUUGUAGAAACUUUAAUUUUCUUCACACUUUUAGUUGGCUCAAUUAUAGUUCUGCAAUCUGGAUGAAAUGAACUUUUAUUGACUGAAUAGAAUUAUGUAAUAUCAAAAUUGUAAAAAUGUAUAUACAAUAAAUUAAUAUUAAUUCAAGCA